AUGAAGCCAGCCAAUUUACUGCGGCACCAGAGCACCAAGCACUCGGGAAAUGUAGGUAAAAAUGAUGAAUAUUACAAAAGAAAGCUGUCGGAAUUUAAGUCAAGUCAGACUGUAAUGAUGAAAGCCACAACUGUGUCAAGCAAAGCACUGCAGGCGUCUUAUGCGGUGUCUAUGCUUGUGGCUAAAUCAAAAAAGCCUCACUCAAUUGUUGAAGAGCUAAUUCUCCCUGCAGCGAUUGCUAUGGCUGAAAUUAUGAUUGACAAGAAAGCAGCUGACGAACUGAAGAAAGUCCCCCUGUUGAACAACACCGUGUCCCGUCGGAUCGAUGAUAUGUCUGAUGAUAUUACUGAACAAGUCGUUAACAAAAUAAAACAAGCCGGUCAGUUCGCUUUGCAGCUGGAUGAAAUGACAGAUGUGAGUGGAGAUGCUCAGCUCCUGGCCUUCGUUCGUUACAAAGAUGUGUCGGACAUCAACGAGCAUAUUUUAUUUUGCAAGAGGCUGCCAGGAAAGACAACUGGGGAAGAAAUGUUCCACGUUAUAGACAGCUUUUUCAAAGAGCAUGAUGUGCAGUGGAAAACCUGCAGCCACAUCUGUACCGAUGGCGCGGCUGCGAUGACUGGAAGCGUAAAGGGACUGUUUGGACAUGUCAAAAAGCACCGGCAUCCUCUUGCUGCAGUGUUUGAGGAUGCGCAGUGGGUGGCGCGCCUGGCAUAUCUCGCUGAUGUGUUUACCAAACUUAACAAGCUCAACCUAUCACUUCAGGGGAAAGAGUCACACAUCCUGAAAAUGUACGACAGAGUUCAAGGUUUCACAAAAAAGCUCAAACUAUGGGAGAGGAAAUGUGAUGAGGGAGACGUGAGGUGUUUCCCACUACUCGAUGCCCAUCUUGCCACCACUGAUGUUGCCAGGGCUCCAGUGGUGAAACUGGUGCAAGCACAUCUGUCCAAACUCUGCACCGAUUUCAACCAUUAUUUUCCGGACAUUGAAGAAAAGUCUGAAAGACUGGAUUGGGUGAGGGACCCAUUCAUUGUGAGUGAGAGCAGCAACCAUCUUCCUGCAAGGCUGAAAAUCGCAUACCCUCAAAAGACAUUGACUGAGUUUCAGUGUGAUGUGGAGAAGGAAUAUCCUGAACUGGGAAAACAUGCACUGAUUGAACUUUUGCCUUUUGGCUCAACUUAUAUGUGUGAGGUGACCUUCUCAGCUUUGACACACAUUAAAACCAAACAGAGGAACAGGCUGGAUGUGGAGAGUAGCCUGGUAACUGCUGUUUCCACACUGUCCCCAGACCUAUCAAAGCUUAUGAAAAACAAGCAAGCUCAAGUGUCUCAUUAA